GAUUAUCAGAACGAGAAUUUUGGAGGCGGAUGAGCGGGGAUGCCGUACGAUAAACAUUAACUGUACAAAUAAAUACAGAAACGAAAACGUUGCCGCCACAACACUCAGUAGAAUAUAAAUUGAGGCCGAUUGGAGAAGUUGGACCAUGUCCACACCGGCGAGGAGACGACUCAUGAGAGAUUUUAAACGGCUACAAGAGGACCCCCCAGCUGGUGUCAGUGGAGCCCCAUCAGAAAACAACAUUAUGGUGUGGAACGCAGUCAUUUUUGGCCCUGAAGGAACUCCAUUUGAAGAUGGCACAUUUAAACUAAUUGUGGAGUUCACAGAAGAAUACCCCAACAAACCUCCUACAGUGAGAUUUGUGUCAAAGAUGUUUCAUCCGAAUGUCUAUGCAGAUGGCAGCAUUUGUUUGGACAUCCUCCAAAACCGAUGGAGCCCCACUUAUGACGUGUCUUCCAUUCUGACAUCCAUCCAGUCUCUGCUGGACGAGCCCAACCCCAACAGUCCGGCCAACAGCCAGGCCGCUCAGCUGUACCAGGAGAACAAGCGCGAGUACGAGAAGAGAGUUUCCGCCAUCGUAGAACGAAGCUGGCGAGACAGCUGACUUGGUUGAUGGUGUGCGGCGAACACUAGCGUGGAGAACCCUCUGACUCUCCUCUCGACUUUUACAUUUUUUUUAACAUUUUAUGCACUUUACCUUCGACGUCCCUGUGUAGAAUUGUAUUUUUUCCCUCGCCCACCAAGAGGGAAUUUUCUUCUCUGUCCGCUGUCGUCGGCCACUUUCCCAGCAGCGCCUGGGCUGAAUCUUGCCUUGUUCGUGGGCCGCCGCGUUCCCUUUAACGUCCCGGUUCUUCGUCAUUUUUCACAGAGAAGGUAGUCGUCGUCGUCUCCCCGACGUCGUUACGCUAUCUCUGCGUUGUGCUGUGAACCGUUUGUUGCAUGCAUAACACAAUGAGCAAACCUUAUCUCCUCCUCCUUCAAAACUCAUGUAUAUACGAAACCUGCAUCUGAAUAUAUGUACAGAUUUUGCA